CAAAAAAGUCUAUUCUGCCCGACAAACCCAACUGUACGCAUCAUGAAAACCGUCUCGCCGCAAGGGAUGGCAGCCCGAUCCCUUACAUUCCAUUGAACGUCGUACAGAGGAGGCACACGUGGGACGGUAGAGAUUCGAUCCUGCGUGGUACGUUCCCGUAUUCAAGCAAGGGAGGUCCUGGGGGAGGGUAUGUACGAAUUCUUCGCUAGGAUUCAAGCAAGUCAAGACCCCGGACGGGUUCGGCAGAGCAGGAGGAGUGUAACGAUCGCAAUCGUCAGAGCGAAUGUAACCGAGAUGAGAAGUUAAGUUCGGAUGGAGUUCAUCAUGUUGACUUUACCCGAUCCAGUAGUCAAAGCUAUUUCCACCGGAAGGGGUUUAGACUGGAAGGGUUUCGUUUUGGUAUGAUAUCAUGUGUCGGGAGGGGUAAUUGUCUCCCGCGCAACCUACCACAGCCGAAUCCCUUCUGCUUGCUGCUUCGGGUCUCGAGUUACCUGGUUACAUUUUUGUUUGUUGAGUCGGUCGGCUUUUACGGUAUUGUCUUGAGCUUAGACUCUGUUUUUGAUUUUUAUUUUAUUUAUUUUAAAUUUUGGGUUUUGCUGUGCGACCCCUGCGUGAUUUUAUCAUGGCUGCGAAACUUACCAUUACGGAUUUGUUACCCCUCCCCAAGUCGGAGGUGAAGAUCCCGCGCCUUGGGUUCGGUGUUUAUCGCUCGCCACCGACUCAGUGUGUGCAGUCUACUUUGAAUGCUUUAAAGGCGGGUUAUCGCCACGUUGAUACGGCUCAGUUUUACGCGAAUGAAAAGGAGGUCGGCGAUGCGAUUCGCGACUCGGGCAUCCCGCGCAGCGACAUUUUCGUGACUACUAAGAUCCUUGUCCCCGGUGGCUCGCCUGAAGCGACCUAUAGUAAGCUGCUGGCCAGCGUGGAGAAGAUAGGGGGUCCGGAUGGAUAUGUAGAUUUGUUUCUGAUUCACAGCGCCAACUCGGGCGCGUCGGGCCGGAAGGAGAUGUGGCAGGCGCUGGAGAGACUCCUUGAGGAAGGGAAGACAAAGAGCAUUGGUGUUAGCAACUGGGGCGUGAAGCACAUUGAGGAGAUAAAGUCAUAUGCGAAGGUUUGGCCGCCGCAUGUGAACCAGAUUGAGCUCCAUCCCUGGUGUCAACAGCGAGUCGUCGAUGCGUAUUGUAAGAAGCAUGGCAUCAUUGUUGAGGCUUACUCUCCAAUUGUGCGCAACUAUAAAGCCAACGAUCCUACACUUGUCGACCUGGCGAAGAAAUAUGGAAAGACAACCCAGCAGAUCUUGGUACGCUACGCUCUACAGAAGGAAUGGGUACCGCUGCCCAAGUCCGAUAACCCUGAUCGGAUUGUGGCCAAUGCCAAUGUAUUUGACUUUGAAAUCAGCGAGGAGGAUAUGGCUGUGUUGAAUGCCCUGGAUCAGGGAAGCGCUGGAGCUAUUGUGGAGGCCGUUGAAAACGAAUAGAUCCACGCUAGGACGUAUGAUGAAUAAAGGUGCACCUGAGCCACAGGUGAAAUGCCAAAGAAUCUACCUAUUAAUAAUCUGGUCGUUCCAUAAGAAACGCGUUAACAGAUUGGAGUGUAGCGCGUGAAGGGUUCGUGUCAUGCUUGGAUGACACGAUCCACGCAAGUCGCUGUCGGAUGAAUUGCUUGUCGAUCUUAUUUUUCGCAUGAGAUCCAGCAAAGAUUCC